AUGCAGACGAGAGGCGUCACACUGUCCACGGAGAGUCGCUCGUUUAAUCUGGGGGCUGCUUCUCGGGCUACAGCCAAUCGUAAGGCUGGGAGGGAUCGAGAUUCUGACCAUUCGUUGAAUUCCCAUGCCACUCCAUGGACGAUUCCUACACCACUUCCCGAUUCACAAUUACCGAUCCCACACGUUUAUGGUUUGUACCGGAUUGACGCUGUUUGUGUGGAUGGCCUGAUGAACAAUGCCAUAUUGCACAUCUCGCCCAUCGAUGCAACGAUCUACCUCACGCCUACAUACCCUUCAUCCGACAGUCCUAUGCUAAAACCAAGUGGGUAUGGGCGAUCAACUACCUUUACCUCGUUUGUUGAAGAGAAGGCAGUAGUCUGCAAGGAACUUUGGAACGAGAAGGAGAGAGACUGGAUCCAAGGGUGCCUUCACUACUCAAGUUAG